CGGAUCCCGCGUUGCUGUGGCCCUGGCGUAGGCCGGCAGCUACAGCUCCGAAUCGACCCUCAGCCUGGGAACCUCCAUAUGCCGCAGGAGCAGCCCAAGAAAUGGCAAAAAGACAAAAAAAUAAAAAAUUAAAAAAUUAAGAAGCAGCUGAAGCACAAGAGAUUAAUAUUAAGUAACACCCCACAAAGUGUGAGAAUCAGGUCUGGACUCCAGAACCCAUGCUGUCAACCACAUUCAGUUUGUCACCCCACCACCUGUGUAGUACCAGUCAGGGCUGAGUUUGGGGAAGGUGCUACCUCUGAUGGAGAACAUCAGGCAAAGGAAACGUGGAGAGCAAAACACAUGCAGACCUGUAGGGGUAGGGACGAUAUAUAGUAUCCUUGGCCCAGGCAUCCAGUGAAUAUGGGGUGCUUAGGCUGGAGGUGAGGUGGGCACCACCCUGGGGAGCUUCAUAUGCGGACUUGCUGAGCCUCUGGCAGGGUGGCUGACAGGCUGAUCGGAUAGUGGUGGUAACUGAUAUGUGCUGGAUGCUAUUUAAGGAACUUUUGUGUUUUGUCUCAUUGUACACCCCGCGUGAGGUGGUGAUGGGGUGGGAAUGGGGGAUUUGGGACAAGGUCUGGGCCCUGAGACACAGGGCAAGCUAGGGCUGGUGGCAGGCUUGGAGUAACGCAAGCAGGUUUCAGGCGACACCGUGUCAGGAGCUUGGUGGUCUCUGUCCCUCUGGCAGUCAGCCCCACCCCCUCAUCUGCACCACAGUUGCCUGCCCUCAGCCCUCCUGGUUACCACCCGGUUACUGCUGAGUUCUGAGGAAGUGGUGGUUCCAUGUCCACCCAGGGAGUGCCCUCAGGGCUAGUUGGGCAUAGACCUGGGUCCCCAGAGGGUUACUCUGAGACAUACACCCCUUCCCCCUCCUGGGACACUGACUUCUCAAUACCCCCUGCUUUUUCCCCUUCUGCUUUGGGGCCCUGGGAGGAGUGUGGCUGCUCCUGACCUGCCUUCACAGGAGGGGCAGAGUUGGGACCCCGGCCCAGUCAGCCUGGGGUGGGGACUGGUCUGGCCUGCUGAUAUUCCUGUUCAGAGCUGGAAAGGGAGGGAGGAGCCAGCUGAGGCAGAGCUUGAAGAGGAGUGCGGGGAGCCCAUGCAGCACAGCCACCUCUUUCUGGCUCUGGAGCCUUCCUCAUGCAGCACUGCCUUCUGGCUCCUGCAGGGACUCCCACACCCUCCAACACUGCAGCCUCAAGCCAUGGGGCCCAGGUCAGAGCCAUGCUGAGGCCUCCCAGGGGAAAGAGGUGAGACCCACCCCUGCCUAGUACCGUGAUUGAGAGACACCUCCUGCCCCUCCAGAACCCACAGAGACUGCUUCUUUGACUGCCUCAGCCCUGAAUCUGGCCCCAGCUGGACCUGCUGGAAGUUUGUAGCACUGAACAGGCCGAGGGUGUGGUUCCAGGGACAGAAAGCAGGGGUGUGCCAAGUUGAGGGGCUCGUCCUGGUCUGGGAGGGCCAAUCCAGGUGAUGGCCAUGAGGAAGGUGGUAGGUUCCUGCUUAAAUAUCAAAACCCAAGUCACAGAUGGCAGUGGGGCACUGGGGAGCAGAGGCCUGCAUAGGAGGGUGUGGAUCACAGACAUGGGGGGCCAGAGAGCCUGGAGGAACAGGCUCUGGUUCAACUAGGGGCCCAGAAUGCCUGGCUCAGCAAUUGAGCUUUUAUCUUUGGGUUAGGGAGGGGGGCCAUGGUCAAAUGUGGGCUUACAUGUGCUCAGCAGAGUUGCAGUGGGCAAAAAGGACUCAUGUUUUAGGUGAGAGAUGACUGUGGCUUGACUCGGGGUGGAAGAGAGGAGGAUGGUGUUGGGACAAUUUUGAAGGUAGACAGGAAUCUGUGGGGUCAUUGAGUCGGGGUCGUGGGUCAUGUGGUCAUCUUGGGUUGACUGGCUUUCGCUACCAUGAGUGGUCUUGGCCCUGUUCUGGUCUGGCUUUCAGCAUCCUCGAAGGUGCAGCUGCAUCUGUGGUAGUGGAUUAGGCAGACCCUCUGGGGCCCGCCCUUUCCCUAUCUGCAAUGGGAAGCAUUCAAAAGAAAUAGUCUAAGAGCCCUGGCCUGCUCUUGUGUGUUUCAGGGUUGGGCCUGGUCCUUGCUGGUUUAUGGAGAAGGAGAGGUGUGAACAGAGGUUGGCGAGCAGGGAGGCUGCCAGCAACAGAGGGUUGGAGAGGCCACUAGAGGUUAACUGACAGGCAAAAAGUCAUGGUGGUGUGGGCCUGUACCUUGGCAGCCCUGGCCUCACUCCGAGCUGCUUGGGCCACUGUGACAAAACGUACAAGGAAAGUGCCCAACCAUAGGGUGGAGGUGGCUCUGCCUAGGUUUUUGGGGGGCCUGCCCCGGUCUUCUGGGGUCAGACCCCCUUCCAUGGGGUCCAUUCAGUUCUGACCCUGAGGUCUGGGACCCACAAGUGGCAAAAAGUUAGCCAUCUCUCCAAAGGUAGUUCUUGAGUUGAGGUUUGUGGCACCUGAGGAGCAGACUCAGGGUGUUGGCUGAGAUGUAUCUCUUGCCCCUACAUCUUUCUGCAGUAUUGUCCCUGUCUCACCCUUCUGCCUCUGGGAAAGAAGCUUGCCUUCUGGGCUCAACUGGUUAGGGUGUGGGCUCCAGAUAGGACCAGCAUGGAAGAUGGGGGAGGGGAGGUGUUGGGGGAAGGGAUGGAAGGAACUCAGGUCCAGACCACCACCCACUGCAUGCCCUGAGAGGGGCUUAAAGGUUAGAGCAGAUUAGGGCUAGUCUAGGACUGUGUCCCUGGAGCAAAGAGACCAGCAAGGCCAACUGGGGAGCCAGGACUUGGGAGGUGCAUGGGGCAAAGAUAGGGGUGAGUUCUCCAGCAUCAUUCCCUGGGCCUGAGGCCUUAGACUCGGGUCAAGGACCUGUAAGCACCUUGAAUGAACGGCACUUUAGUAGCAGGGACCAGAACCUGUCCCUGGAUAGACCUGCCCUGACUCUAGGCUGGACUUCAUGCUGGUAGAACUAGUUUUUGUCCACAAGCUCCACCCAGGGCAGUAUGACCCCUGCCCCUCUGUGCUGCAGGCCCCGCCCCUGGUGCUGGGCUGGGUCCCUCAGAGCUUCUCUUUCUGGGCCCUGGGUGCCCCAGGCCCCCCCACAUCCCUGCGGUCUGCCGGGAGGAAGCGGCCCCCUUCCCCCACCAUGACUCUGCGCUUCCUGCUCUGGGGGCCAGGGCGGGAGGGGACAUUUCCCGUUCACACCAAAGUUUCCCUGGCUGGCGGCGCGGGCUCAGCUGCUCUCUCUCGCCCAUGGAACCAGCUCUGGGGCCUGGGGUCCAGAAGGACCUGGGCUACCUGCAGCAGUGGCUGAAGGCCUUUGUGGGUACCUUCGAGAAGAGCAUCUCGCUAAGCUCUCUGGAGCCACGCAGGCCGGAGGAGGCAGGUGCAGAGGUGCCACUUCUACCGCUGGAUGCACUGCAUGUGCUGACUGAGCAGCUGGCCGAGCGGGAUCUGGAGCAAGCCCUGCUGUUGCUCAAGCUCUUUGUCGUUCUCUGCAGGAACCCGGAGAAUGUAGAGGCAGGCUGGGGCCGGGUGCUGGUGCCCCAGGUGCUGGCAUUGCUGACCUGGUUGGUGGCUGAGCUGAAAGGACCCCCACCACCGCAGGAGGCCCGUGGGUCUCAGCUGGAAAACGCGGCCCUGCAUGCCCUGCUCCUCUUUGAGGGCCUCUUCGACCCCUACCAGACCUGGCGACGCCAGCAGAGCGGGGAAGUCAUCAGCUCCAAGGAGAAGAGCAAAUACAAGUUCCCUCCUGCUGCUUUGCCUUGUGAAUUCAGCACCUUCUUCAGAGAGAGCCUGCAGGAUGCAGAUCGCUUGCCUCCUGUGCUGCUGCUGCGUCUCAUCCACCUCUUUGGUGCUGUCCUUGCAGGAGGGAAGGAGAACGGGCAGAAGGCUGUGAGUGCUGGCUCUGUGCAGGGCUUGCUGGGUGUGGUGCAGGCCUGGGGUCACAGGCCAGCCCAGGACCCCCGCCUAGUGCCGCUGGCGCUGAAGGCACUAGUGGGUGCGGUACAUAUCCUGCAUGCCAGCCGCACACCCCCCCGGGGGCCAGAGCUCCGAGCCCUGCUUGAGGGCUACUUCCGCGUCCUUAAUACCGACUGGCCAGCCGGGCCAAGCCCGGACCCUGAAGAGGCCCUCGUCACCCUGCGGGUCAGCAUGCUUGAUGCCAUUCCCAUGAUGCUGGCAUGCGAGGACCGGCCAGUUCUGCAGGCCACCUUCCUCAGCAACAAUUGCUUUGAACACCUUAUUCGCCUCAUCCAGAACAGCAAGGUACUGGACCAGGACACAGAUGCAAUUGCAGUCCAUGUAGUCAGAGUGCUGACCUGCAUCAUGAGCGGCUCCCCCUCAGCCAAGGAGGUGUUCAAGGAACGCAUUGGCUACCCUCACCUGCACGAAGUUCUGCAGAGCCACGGUCCCCCCACCCAUCGGCUGUUGCAAGAGCUACUCAACAUGGCCGUGGAGGGUGACCACAGCACAUGUCCACCGCCACCAAUCCGCAACGAGCAGCCAGUGCUGGUGCUGAUGCGGUGGCUGCCAGCUCUGCCCACAGCUGAGCUGCGGCUCUUCCUAGCACAGCGCCUCUGGUGGCUCUGUGACAGCUGCCCUGCCAGUCGUGCCACAUGUGUGCAGGCUGGUUUGGUGGGCUGUCUGUUGGAGACACUCAGCACAGGAGUAGCCCUGGGGACCCGCUGCCAGGAGCAAUUGUUGGCGCUGCUGCAAGCAUUGGGCCACGUGUCACUAAGGCCCUUGGAGCUGCGUCAGUUGCUUCGCCCCCCACCAGGGCUGGACUCAGGGUCGAGCGUUGCUGAGGCUGAGAAUGCCCGACACGCAGGAGCCAUCAUCCGCGCACUAUCAGGCAUGGCCCGGGACCGGGGCCCUGCCCGAGCCCUACACUACUUUGACCUCACGCCCAGCAUGGCGGGUAUCAUGGUACCCCCUGUGCAGCGAUGGCCAGGCCCUGGCUUCACUUUCCAUGCCUGGCUCUGUCUGCACCCCAUGGCUGCAGCGCCAGUCCCGGCCCCCACCCCUACUCCCACCCGGCCACUCCAGCGAAAGCAGCUGUACAGCUUCUUCACCAGUAGUGGUUCAGGGUUUGAAGCCUUCUUCACAGCGGCCGGGACCCUGGUGGUGGCUGUGUGCACCCGGAAGGAGUACUUGACCAUGAGCUUGCCUGAAGUGUCCUUUUUGGACUCUACCUGGCACUGUGUGGCCAUUGUCCAUGUGCCUGGGCGCCGGCCCUUCAGCCAGAACCUGGUUUAUGUCUACAAAGAUGGCCAUCUGGUCAAGACAGCAACCCUUCGCUGCCCCUCCCUUAAUGAGCCUUUCUCUUCCUGCUGUAUCGGCUCUGCUGGGCACCGCACAACGACCACCACCACGGGGCUGCCUGCGCCAUCAGUCCCUGCUGCCCUGGCUCACACGCACCCCUCCCUCACCCGCUCCCAGUCUGUCCCGGCCACCACAGGGCUUGGCUGGGGAUCUGGGCUGGUGGCCCCCCUGCAGGAGGGCAGCAUCAGCUCUACCCUUGCAGGCACACAGGACACUCGGUGGGGCAGCCCCACAUCCCUGGAGGGCGAGCUAGGGGCUGUGGCCAUCUUCCAUGAAGCCCUGCAGGUGGAAGCCUUGCGGGUCCUCUGUAACCUGGGGCCGAAUGAGACAGCACCCUUCAAGCCUGAGGGUGAGCUGCAUGAGCUUGCCACCAAGCUACUCCUCCAUUAUUCACCUCAGGCCUGUAAGAACAACAUUUGUCUGGACCUGUCCCCUGGCCACGGGCUGGAUGGCCGCCUCACGGGCCACAGAGUGGAGACCUGGGAUGUGAAGGACGUGGUGAAUUGUGUGGGAGGCAUGGGCGCCCUGCUUCCCCUGCUGGAGCAAGUGGCUGCACAGCCCCAAGAGGCCGAGGCAGGUCCGGCAGAAACACAUGACCUUGUGGGGCCUGAACUGACCUCUGGCCACAACUUCCAGGGCCUGCUUCUCCCACUAGGCAAGUCCUCAGCAGUAGAGGAGCGGAUGGAGAGGAAUGCAGUGGCUGCAUUUCUGCUGAUGCUGCGGAACUUCCUGCAGGGCCAUGCUGUGAACCAGGAGAGCCUGGUGCAGUGCCAGGGGCCUGCCAUCAUCGGGGCCCUCCUGCGCAAGGUCCCCAGCUGGGCCAUGGACAUGAAUGUGCUCAUGUCUGCCCAGCUGCUGAUGGAGCUGGUGGCAGCGGAGGGCAGUGGGCCCCUUUUAUACUUGCUCUACCAGCAUUUGCUCUUCAACUUUCACCUUUGGACCUCCAGUGACUUUGCUGUGCGCCUGGGCCACAUCCAGUACGUGUCCAGCAUCGUGCGUGAGCAUAGACAGAAGCUGCGGAAGAAGUAUGGGGUCCAGUUCAUCCUUGAUGCCCUGCGUACCCACUACAGCUUGCAGCGGGAGCGCCCCCUAGCGGCGGAUGACUUGCGUACGGUGCAGACGUCACUCCUCGGCCUGGUGCGGGAAUUCCUGGUGCGGAGCUCUUCCUCUGAUGACCUGCAGGUGGUGCUGAACUUCCUGGCUGCUGGGGUUGAUGAUGGCCAGGUGGUGGGUGUGCUGGAUCUGCUGCUGGCACUGCUACAGAGCCUGCCAGCCCAGGAAUCUUUGGCCAUCUUCCUGCUGGAGCCAGGGAACCUUGAGGUGCUGUUGGCACUGCUGGUGCGGCCAAGGUCCACACCCUCGCUGCCUGACCGGGUCUGCAAGAUCCUGCGCAGACUGCAGCAGAAUGAGCGCUUACCUGAGCGCAGCCGCCAGCGGCUCCGGCUGCGAGAGUGUGGUCUUCAGGGUCUCAUUGCCUGCCUGCCGGAGGGGGCCGUUUCCCCCCAGCUCUGCCAGGGCCUCUACAAGCUGUUCCUGGGGGCAGAUUGCCUGAACCUCUCAGAUCUCUUGGCUGUGGUGCAGCUGUCCCUCCAGGCUGACCUCAGCGUCCGCCUGGAUGUUUGUCGUCAGCUUUUUCACCUCAUCUAUGGACAGCCAGACAUAGUGCGGUUGCUGGCCCGACAGGCUGGCUGGCAGGAUGUGCUGACCCGGCUGUUUGUCGUGGAAGCUGUCACAGCCGGGAGUCCCCUGCCCUUUUCCCCCGAGCCACCCACCUCCCCGGAGCCAGCCUUACACAAGCCACCCACUGAGUCACCUGAAUCUUCGGACGUCUUCCUACCCUCAGAGGCUCCCUCCCCCGACCCGGACAGCUUUUACCAUGCUCUCUCCCCAUUCUGCACACCCCUUGAGCUGGGCCUGGAACGGUCCAGUGUGAGCUCAGGUAACACUGCUGGCGGUGGCAGCGGCAGCGGAACCCUCACUCCAGCCAGCCAGCCUGGCACACCUUCCCCACUGGAUGGGCCCCGGCCCUUUCCUCCUUCCCGUGGCCGCCACAGCUCCAGUCUCUCCAAUGUGCUGGAGGAUGGCAGCCUGCCAGAGCCCACCAUCAGUGGAGAUGACACGUCUAAUACCAGUAACCCUCAGCAAACCUGUGAAGAGGAGCUUUGCAACCUGCUCACCAACGUGCUAUUCUCGGUGACAUGGCGGGGCGUGGAUGGCAGCGAUGAGGCUGCCUGGCGGGAGCGUGGCCAGGUCUUCUCUGUGCUCACCCAGCUGGGGGCCUCAGCCACACUUGUGCGCCCACCAGACUACAUCAAGCGCAGCCUCCUGGAGAUGAUGCUGGAGUCAGCCCUGACGGACAUCAGAGAGGCCCCCCUUGGGGUGCUGGCCAGCCUCACCCAGCAAGCGCUUUGGCUGCUACGCCUGCUGCAGGACUUCUUAUGCGCCGAGGGCCAUGGUAACCAGGAGCUUUGGAGUGAGAAGCUCUUUGAAGGUGUGUGCAGCCUGCUUGAUCGCCUGGGAGCCUGGCCGCACCUGGCCAAUGGCACAGCAGAUUUCCGAGAGAUGGCACAGAUUGGCCUGCGCCUCGUGCUUGGCUACAUCCUGCUGGAGGAUCCACAGCUGCACGCCCAGGCCUAUGUGAAGUUGCAUGCGCUGCUGCAGACCACAGUGCCCAUGCGCCGGGAGGAGGCCUGCUAUGUGCUCUCCAAGCUGGAAGCGGCACUGGCACGGGCACUCAGUACCCUACCCUCGGAAAACCCUGCCGGGGUUGAGGAGCCCCCAGCUGCAGCCACUGCUGCAGAGCGGUGCUCAUGGCUGGUGCCGCUGGUGCGCACGCUGCUGGACCGAGCCUACGGGCCACUCGGGCUGCAGUGGGGGCUUCCUUCCCUGCCGCCCACGAACGGCAGCCCCACCUUCUUUGAGGACUUCCAGGCCUUUUGUGCCACCCCUGAAUGGCGUCACUUCAUUGACAAGCAGGUGCAGCCCACCAUGUCGCAGUUUGAAAUGGACACCUAUGCUAAGAGCCACGACCUUAUGUCAGGCUUCUGGAACGCCUGCUAUGACAUGCUCAUGAGCAGUGGGCAGCGGCGCCAGCGGGAGCGGGCACACAGUCGUCGGGCCUUCCAGGAGCUGGUGCUGGAAUCUGCCCAGCGGCGGGCGCGCUUGGAGGGACUGCGCUACUUGGCGGCGUUGAAGCAGCAGGCAGCACAGCACUCGACCGCCCUGCUGCACUGGGGGGCUCUGUGGCGUCAGCUCUCCAGCCCCUGUGGGCCCUGGGCCCUGAGGGACCCGCCCACCCCCCACUGGAAGCUGUCCAGUGCCGAGACAUAUUCGCGCAUGCGUCUGAAGCUGGUGCCCAACCAUCACUUCAACCCUCACCUGGAAGCCAGUGCCCUACGGGACAACCUGGGUGAGGCCCCCCUGACACCCACCGAGGAGGCCUCACUGCCUCUAGCAGUGACCAAAGAGGCCAAAGUCAGCACCCUACCCGAGGAGCUGCAGGAAGACCAGCUGGGUGAGGAUGAACUGGCUGCGCUAGAGACUGCGUUGGAGGCAGCAGAACUGGACGAGCAGCAUGAGAAGCUGGUGCUGUCAGCUGAAUGCCAACUGGUCACAGUGGUGGCUGUGGUACCAGGCCUGCUAGAGGUCACCACACAGCAUGUGUAUUUCUAUGAUGGCAGUGCCGAGCGUGUUGAAACCGAGGAGGGCAUCGGCCAUGACUUCCGGCGCCCACUGGCCCAGCUGCGUGAGGUCCACCUCCGGCGUUUCAACCUGCGCCGUUCAGCACUUGAGCUCUUCUUCAUUGAUCAGGCCAACUACUUCCUCAACUUCCCAUGCAAGGUGGGCGGGCCUACAGCCUCCUCUCCUUACCAGGGCCCCAGGCCACAGCCUUGCCCCAUCCCACCCCACACCCAGGUUCGGAACCAGGUGUACUCGUGGCUCCUGCGCCUGCGACCCCCUACCCAAGGCUACCUAAGCAGCCGCUCCCCCCAGGAGAUGCUGCGCGCCUCAGGCCUUACCCAGAAAUGGGUACAGCGCGAGAUCUCCAACUUUGAAUACCUGAUGCAACUCAACACCAUCGCGGGGCGGACCUACAAUGACUUGUCUCAGUACCCUGUGGUGAGGUCCUGCCCCCUACCUCCACCCCACCCCGCUGGUCUGCCAGCCCUGCUUCACCCAAGUGUGGGCGUGGAUGGUGGGCCAAGCCCUGAACUUGGUCCCAGGCGGGUGCUUCCUGAGACCUGGUUUCUGUUCCCUGCUGUCCCCCCACACACGCAGCCCCACUCUCCUCCCCUCCUGGCAUCUGUUUUCCCCGGAGGGACUCCUGACCCAGAUAGUCCCUCCGGCUCCCCGGCAACCCCUCCACGUGGUGCACCCUCACCUGUGGGCUCUGCCCUUCUUCCUGAGGGUCAGGGUGGGCAGGUAGACCCUCAGGACUCUCAUGUAGCUCCUACCCGGGUGGGCGGCCAGUUCCCCUGGGUCCUACAGGACUAUGUGUCCCCAACAUUGGACCUCAGCAACCCGGCCGUCUUCCGGGACCUGUCCAAGCCCAUUGGUGUGGUGAACCCCAAGCAUGCCCAGCUUGUGAGGGAGAAGUAUGAGAGCUUCGAGGACCCAGCAGGCACCAUUGACAAGUUCCACUACGGCACCCACUAUUCCAAUGCAGCAGGCGUGAUGCACUACCUCAUUCGCGUGGAACCUUUCACCUCCCUGCAUGUCCAGCUGCAGAGUGGCCGCUUUGACUGCUCUGACCGGCAGUUCCACUCAGUGGCAGCAGCCUGGCAGGCCCGCUUGGAGAGCCCCGCCGAUGUGAAGGAGCUCAUCCCGGAGUUCUUCUACUUCCCUGACUUUCUGGAGAACCAGAACGUCUUUGUGCCAGGCUUUGAUCUGGGCUGCCUCCAGCUGACCAAUGAGAAGGUGGGCGAUGUGGUGCUGCCCCCAUGGGCCAGCUCUCCUGAGGACUUCAUCCAGCAGCACCGCCGGGCUCUGGAGUCAGAGUAUGUGUCCGCCCACCUGCAUGAGUGGAUUGACCUGAUCUUCGGCUACAAGCAGCGGGGGCCAGCUGCGGAAGAGGCCCUCAAUGUCUUCUACUACUGCACUUAUGAGGGGGCCGUGGACCUGGACCAAGUAGCAGAUGAGCGGGAACGGAAGGCUCUGGAGGGCAUUAUCAGCAACUUUGGGCAGACUCCCUGUCAGCUGCUAAAGGAGCCACAUCCAUCUCGGCUAUCAGCUGAGGAAGCAGCCCAGCGCCUUGCACGUGUGGACACUAACUCACCUAGCAUCUUCCAGCACCUGAACCAGCUCAAGGCCUUCUUUGCAGAGGUCAUCAGUGAUGACGUGCCCCUAGUGCUGGCCAUGGUUCCCCACCAGCAGCCUCACUCCUUCAUCACCCAGGGCUCCCCAGACCUGUUGGUGACCGUGAGUGCCAAUGGGAUGCUGGGUACCCACAACUGGUUGCCAUAUGACCGUAACAUAAGCAACUACUUCAGCUUCAGCAAAGACCCCACCAUUGGCAACCCCAAGAUGCAGCGACUGCUGAGUGGCCCAUGGGUACCUGGCAGUGGCGUGAGUGGGCAAGCUCUGGCAGUGGCCCCCGACGGAAGGCUGCUGUUCAGUGGUGGCCAUUGGGAUGGUAGCCUGCGAGUGACUGCACUACCCCGGGGCAAGCUAUUGAACCAGCUCAGACGCCAUCUAGGUAUGGGCAGCCUUGGAGCUAGGGCUGUGCAGGUGGGGGUAGGGGUCCCAGGCUGGCCAGGGAGGGGUAACUACUCUGUUCUGCUGGUCCCCUCCCUUCUUUCCCUCUCUCCUCCCCAUGUAGAUGUAGUAACCUGCCUCGCACUGGACACCUGUGGCAUCUACCUCAUCUCAGGCUCCCGGGACACCACAUGCAUGGUGUGGCGGCUGCUGCAGCAGGGUGGUCUCUCAGUGGGGCUGGCAUCGAAGCCCGUGCAGGUCCUAUAUGGGCAUGAGGCUGCAGUGAGCUGUGUGGCCAUCAGCACUGAACUCGACAUGGCAGUGUCUGGAUCUGAGGAUGGAACUGUGAUCAUCCACACUGUACGCCGCGGCCACUUUGUGGCCACACUGAGGCCCCCAGGAGCUACGUUGCCUGGACCCGUGGCUCACCUGGCACUGGGGUCUGAGGGCCAGAUUGUGGUGCAGAGCUCAGCGCGGGAGCGUCUGGGGGCUCAGGUCACCUACUCCUUGCACCUCUACUCUGUGAAUGGGAGGUUGCGAGCUUCACUGACCUUGGGAGAGCAGCCCACAGCCCUCAAAGUGACGGAGGACUUUGUUCUGCUGGGCACAGCCCAGUGUGCCCUGCACAUUCUCCACCUGAACAAACUGCUGCCGGCCGUGCCUCCCCUGCCCAUGAAGGUGCCCAUCCGCAGUGUGGCUGUGACCAAGGAACGCAGCCAUGUGCUCGUGGGCCUGGAGGACGGCAAGCUUAUCGUGGUGGGCGCAGGGCAGCCCUCUGAGGUGCGUAGCAGCCAGUUCGCGCGGAAGUUGUGGCGUUCCUCCAGGCGCAUCUCCCAGGUGUCCUCCGGGGAGACCGAGUACAACCCUGGAGAGGCCCGUUGACAGCCUGACCUGCCCCACUGCUCAGCCCCGCCCCUAGUGGGCUGCGCUCCCGAAGACUCCGUCCCGGAGGGGGAAACUGAGGAGGAGGCGAAUCCCAGUCCGCACUCGGGGUGGGCAGGGCCCCACCUCCGCCCAGCUCAGGGAUUGGCAGGCGGUGUACUCCAGGAAGCCACGCCCCUCGCUGGCAGAGGGGCUGCCUGGAGUCCCAGUACUGGCCAGAGCGGCCGCACAGCACUUUUUGCACAAUCUGGGGCAGGGAACCCAGGCUCCCAAGCCCAAACCCCCAAGCCCCCGUCCCGGCAGAUCAAAGGGGCUGGGCUGUGGCCUUAAUCCUAAGGGUGGCCCCCCCCCACCCCGCCCCGCUCCCGCCCCCGCUCUCCCAUCUCAGCAAUAAACGUGAACUAGUUUUGUAGCUGUUCCGCCUCUGAGCAUGCAUGUGCACGCGCAGCCUGCCCUGGCCACCGUCUGGGGCUCACAUGCUCCUGGUCUGAGCACCCACGGUGGCUCGUUCCUUCCCCAUCCGCGCUGCCUGUCCUUGAGGACCCCGCCUGCUGUUUCUCUGGUUUGAUCUCAUUCCAGCUGCGGACUCUGCGCAUGUGCGCGUUCCUGGACAGGGCGGGGCAAAACCGCGGGCAGCCCCACCCCCUCAGUGCCCAGCCCCUUUCGGGUCCCAGCCUUCCCGCGAUCUGCGCCUCCGCUCUAGUCUCGGGCGGGUCAGAACCUGGCCUUCCCAGGGACUCUACUCCAUCUUGGCCGGCCCAAGGCCUGGAGGCCCCAUCCCGCCAAGGCUCAACGGAUCUUGGGACUAGCGAAGGCGGCCGCCACAGGUCAGGAGUGGGUUAGGGACAGAGCACUGUGUUUUCCUGGACUGAGGAAGCAAAGGGCUCUCUCUCUGUUCCCCACUUCCAGACCCGGGAUCCUGUGCCGUCGUCGUGCUAGCAUCUGGGUUGGGAUGCAUGCGGGUAGCCAGGGUAGUGUGGGCAUGCAGAGUGUAGCUCUGGGACAUGUGUGUCGGGGUGGGUGGUAGAGGCUCCAAUCCCACAGCCGGGGGUGGGUCAGGCACAAGGCUUGGCUGUCCUUACAAGCGUAGUCACAGGCUCACCUGCGAGCCAGGAUCCAGGGAAGGCCUCUUAUGCGGUAAGUGACACAAAUGUAUAUACAUCCUUCAUGUGGUAAGGGUCACUGCAGCCUCUGCGCCAGACACACUUGCCAACUGUGCAUGUGCAUUUAGCAUAAACAUAGGCCCCUGGCCUUGUCCAGGGAAGUGAAUUUGGAGUGCCUGGAUUGGACCAGGCCAGAUGGGGAGUGGUGGAUGUUGGGGAGUUGGAGGGUCUUUCCCUGGUCUCAUCCCCAUCCUUUUUCCAAGCAAGAUGCCCUCUUCAGCCCAUACAGGGUCUCUCUUCCCUAGGCCUCAGCAGGUUGUAGGUCCCAGAUGGAUCAGCCCUGUGGGUACAGAUGGGUCCUGGGAUUGAGUGCUUUUCGGGUAUUUGGUUUCCAAGCCCUCCAAACUUCCAGAUGAGAAGGACCAAGGUGCCUCCAGGUCCACAUACCCUCUGCCCUUGCUGAACCCACAUAGGAACUGUCCCAUCCAGCCUCUGAACAGGAGGUGAGGGCUGGACACUGACCACUCCAGGGGCUAUGCUUGUGCUGAGAACUCCGGGGAGCCCUCCCAUCAGCUGCUAAGUCUCUACCUGGCUGUCUUAGAUGGGGAAAGGAGUCUCCCUGGUCCUCCUAUGCCAACCCUGGACUGAGUCCAGGGGUUUGCCAAGGUCUUUGAGACAGGGUGGUUUUCAAUGUGCUCUUCUCCACCCUGAGCUGCAUCCUGACCUUCUCCAGCUUAGGCCAGCUGAGGCAAGCAAUAUCAUCUCCACUCCACUUGAUGUUGGAGAAAACUGGUCAAGAUUGGCGAAUGGGAAGAUGGGGGAUGGGAUACCCAGCCAUGGAGUGAAUCAGAAUCAAGUGAGCCAGGAAAGGGGAACAGGCUACCCCAGGGAUUUCUGACUUCAGGCCUGAGGAAUUCUACUAAUGUCCCUAUACACAGCCUCUUCUGGACUCACAGAAGUCUCCCAUCUCCUUUGCCUGGGCACUGUCCAUGACACUCCAACCCCUUCUCUAAGAGAUGCAGCCCCUCGGAGCACUGCUGGCUGGUAGAACCAUGCCUCACAACUCCAGCCACAGGGAAGACAUGGGCCAUGUGGGUAAGUACCUCUUGAUCCAGAUUUUGGACACUGGAAGGAUAGAAAGUAGCACAGAUGGACAGAUCACCCACAAGUCCAGUCACAGGCUCCCCAGCCCCUGUUUCUUGUGCCCUGCCUGCACUGGAUUGUGAGGACACUGGCCUGCAGACAGAAGUGAGCAACAGCAUUUACUUGCUUUCUGGUUCAGCUUUAUUUUGCAAAAAUUGACAAGGCCUCCUGUGCACUGAGGCCCCCAUGUGGACCAACAUGAAUCAGUGUGCUCUCGCAGUCCAGACUUGGUGGGGGAGAUAGCACAUACCAUUUAGCGCCAUAGGAGACAGAGGAGGUGCACUAGGAGCCAGAAAAGGGAAAGACUGGGAGAGAUCAAGGGAGAUUUCCCAGAGUAGGAGUUUGUCGGAUGGCAAAAGUAGACCAGCAAGAGCAGGAGUCUGGAAACCCAGAGAAGAUAGAUCCCAGAAGGGCCAGAUGUUCAAGGAGAGGUGGUGGGAGGUAAGGGUGGGGAAUGAAACAUGGCAUGAAUUUUUGACUCUACAUAGUAGGGACUAUGAAUUCAAACCUUUCUAGCAGGAAAGUCUACAUCUGCUGUCUAGGGACCCUAGUCUUGAUUCCUUACCCCUGACCCUGUCUGUCCUUUCCUCCACAGAUAAGCCUCAGAAGGAGCAGGAUGGGAAGAGGGGAGGGGCAUGGUUAGGGGCAGGGGGAGCCCUGGCCCCCAGUACCUCCUCCCCAUUCCCCCCUGAGCCUCCAGGGGCUUCAGGCAGCAUCAUCCCUGUCUACUGUGCCCUCCUAGCCACUGUGGUCCUCGGUCUGCUUGCUUAUGUGGCCUUCAAGUGGUAGGUGGUCUGGGCAUUGUUCUAUGACACCCCCCUCCCUAUCUGGACUCCCAUCCAGCUCCCUCUCUGUCUCGGAGAAGGUUGAAGUGGGCUGGCAGGUUCUCCCUGCUCCCCACAGCUGGCGCUCACAUAAACAAAGGCAGCAACUGGCCAAGGCUCGAACUGCGGAGCUGGGGGGCCUCAAAAGGGACCAUAUGCCUGGGGAUAGCAGUGUCUUCCAGGACUCUCCUAGCGGCCUGGAGCCCUGUGUCCCCAGCCAGGGGCCGCAUCCUGAACUUGGCUGCCGGCUCUACCUCCAUAUCCCUCCGCAGCAGCGACAGGAAGUGGAGCAGCUCUUGGAGGCCUCAGGUGAACCUGACAAAGGCUGGCAGGGCCUGGCAGGCUACCUGGGCUACCAAGCUGAGGCUGUGGAGACCAUGGCCCGGAGCCAGGUGCCAGCCUACACUCUGCUGAGGGACUGGGCCAUCCGGGAAGGCAGCGGUGCCACCCUCAGGGUGCUAGCAGAUGCCCUGGCUGCCAUGGGCCGUGAAGAUGUGGUCCAGGUCCUGGAUCCCCCAGCUGAGGGCUGCUCUGUGGUGUGAUGCUUCCAUAGCCCAGCCUCUCAGGGAACUGCUCUGGUGCUCCCCACCACCCAUCUCAUAUGCAUUUCCUUUCAUGGGUAUCCUGGCAUUGGUGACCUCAGCCUGCUCUGUUCUGAGGGGACAUAAAGCUCCAGCCACCACCACCUCCUCUCACCCUACCUUCCUCCAGGACAGGGACCAGGAUAUGGGGCAGGGGGAUGGCGGGGUGAGGAGGGUUGACAGUGAGUGGCCCUGCCUCCUGAUCCCCAUUUUAACUCCCCUUACUUAACCUCAACUUUUUUUUUCUACUUUUGUAUCCCAUAUUAAAGGAAAUUUUGGACUGUU